AUGAUGUCUGCUUCUCAUAGUAGCAUGGUAAAUCCCAUGUCGUCCAAUCCGUACGGCCUCAAGGAAGGCGAAGUGUCUACGGGAACGACCAUUUUGGCCAUGCCGUUUGACGGCGGCGUCAUGUUGGGCGCCGAUACUCGCACAUCCAUGGGCUCGUACGCCACGUCUCGAUCGACGGACAAGAUUACCUUUUUGAGCGAUCACAUCUUUUGCUUGCGUUCCGGAAGUGCGGCCGAUACACAGGCGAUUAGUGACAUUGUCAAGCAUUACCUCUCUCAUUUGACCAUCGAAACAGGCCGCGAACCACUGGUCAAGACGGCCGCUCAUUUGAUGAAGAAUAUUGUGUACUCCAACAAGGAUUCCCUGAGCGCCGGUGUCAUUAUUGCGGGUUGGGAUCCCGUCGAAGGAGGACAAGUCUUCAAUGUCGUUCAAGGUGGUUCGUGUCUGAAGCAAAGCUUUGCAUUGGGUGGCAGUGGUUCGCUCUUUAUUUACGGUCUCAUGGAUUCCGAAUUCAAAGAGGGCAUGACCCAAGACGAAGCACGAGCACUCGUCAAGAAAGCCAUUUCCCAUGCCAUGGCCCGUGAUGGAAGUUCCGGUGGAAUGGUCCGGACCAUGACCGUCACGGCCGAAGGAAACAAACGGGAUGUCACACCGGGAAAUGAAUUACCAUUUGGACCUGUCUUUUAA